AUGCGCCCUUUCGCCUCUGCCGCCACCUUCCUCACUCUCAUAGUUCCACCUGUGCUCGGGCAGACCAUCAUCAAGAACGUGACCUACAACACAUUCUACGACGACAUGAACAAUUCCUUUGAAGGCGUCGCUUGCUCGGACGGUCCAAACGGGCUAAUCAACAAACACAACUGGACGGUGCUCGGGGAUGCUGACGGCUUCCCGGACAUCGGUGGCGUGUUCGCCGUCGAGGGCUUCGACUCGGACAACUGCGGGUCGUGCUGGGAGCUCACGUAUAACGUGCUGAAGAUCAACAUCCUGGCGAUCGACACCGCGCCCGUGGGGUUCGACAUCUCACUGAAGGCGAUGAACAAGCUGACGGGUGGUAAUGCGGAGGACUUGGGGCGGGUGCUCGUGAACGCGAAACAGGUGGACGUGACGUCGUGCGAGCAGGCGGGGUCGAAGUCGUUGCCGCCGACUCUGCAGCCGACUGCGCAUCAUGGGUGA